UUUGACAUUCUCCAACCACCGCCAACUCCUCCUCCUCUCCCUUCCUCUGCCACCGGCCGGCAUACUCAUUCACCGGGGAAAACACACAAAACCCACCAAUUUUAAUCAUCCUGCUUCAACACCCAGAUUUACAUUUCUCAACCUUCCCUCGCCGUACGGCUCUUCAGUUCCCUAAGGCUUUUCUUUCCUCGGAUGGGAAUUCCCUUUUCCUGCUCAUUCGGGGAGUCCGACGAUGUCCAGAGCGCGUUGGAGUCAAUGGUGGUCAAAUCCAUCAGCUUCGGUGACGAUGGAGCAGCCAAGACACCUGUCCGCUCAGUGAGCUUUAAGAGGUCAGAUUUGGAGCCCACAGUUUCUCGCUCUGCAUCUGGAGAGAUGGUGGUAGAGAGAUCUAUCAGCUUGAAAGGGGUGGAAUUCGAGAAAAUGAUGAACUCUAUCCAAGAGCAUGCCAAGUAUGAUCACAACGAUUCGCCUCGAAAGAUGCCCGUUUUCGAUCCGGCAAACCCUAAGCACCAGGCUGCUGUGAAGUUGCAGAAGGUUUACAAGAGCUUCAGGACCAGGAGAAAGCUUGCUGAUUGUGCCGUUCUUGUUGAGCAGAGCUGGUGGAAGCUUUUGGAUUUUGCUGAGCUCAAGCAUAGUUCCAUCUCAUUUUUCGACAUCGAGAAGCACGAGACCGCCAUUUCGAGGUGGUCCAGAGCUAGAACUCGAGCUGCUAAGGUUGGGAAAGGCUUGUUGAAGAAUGGCAAGGCUCAGAAGUUGGCUAUCCAGCAUUGGCUUGAAGCUAUUGAUCCAAGGCAUCGAUAUGGGCAUAACCUCCAUUUCUAUUAUGAUAGCUGGCUUCAUUCCAAGAGUAGAGAGCCCUUCUUUUACUGGCUGGACAUAGGUGAAGGAAAGGAAGUUAACCUGGUUGAGAAAUGCCCCCGGUGGAAGCUUCAACAGCAAUGCAUCAAGUAUCUUGGUCCAAUGGAAAGGCAGGCAUAUGAAGUAGUGGUUGAAGAUGGGAAGUUGAUGUACAAGCAAACUGGGGAAUUGCUCAACACAACUGGAGAUUCCAAGUGGAUAUUUGUUCUUAGUACUUCAAAGACAUUGUAUGUUGGUCAGAAGAAGAAGGGGACAUUUCAGCACUCUAGCUUCUUGGCUGGUGGAGUAGCAACUGCUGCUGGAAGGUUGAUUGCUGAGAAUGGCACACUAAAGACAGUUUGGCCUCACAGCGGUCACUAUAGGCCUACUGAGGAGAAUUUUCGAGACUUCCUUUCCUUCCUGAGAGAGAAUGAUGUUGAUCUGACAGAUGUUAAGACGAAUCCUGUGGACGAGGAAGAUGGCUUGCUUUCCAAGCAAAGAAGCAGUAAGCAUCUUAGAACCAACUCCGAAGACGAUGACUUAAUCGAAGCAGUCGAUGAGAAUUUGACUUCAGUAGUUAGCACCAAAGUAGAACAAGAGGUUUCAGUUUCAUCUGCAGCAGUGGAACAACAUCAGCACAAGGCAGGAGAGGGGCUUGGUAACUUGAACAAGAAGUUACCAAGUCUUGAGAUUCCAACAAGGGCUGAUUUGUUUGAUUGGAACGAUUCCAAAGAGGGAAAUGGUUAUGAAUCAGCAGAAGAAGAGAUUGCUGAGGAAGAAGUGGAGACCGUUCCUCGAGAAGCAAUCUUGGAAAGGAUCAAUUCGAAGAAGGGAACCAAGUCGUAUCAACUUGGAAGGCAACUGUCCUGCAAAUGGACGACCGGUGCAGGGCCGAGAAUCGGGUGUGUGAGGGACUACCCUUCAGAGCUCCAGUUUAGGGCACUGGAGCAAGUGAACUUGUCUCCAAGAAGCAGUCUUUCUAGCCAGAGAUUGUCCUUGCCAGCUGGGUUUUCCACGGAAGCAACAACAUUAGUGGUGGAGUCACCAUCCCGGUUCAGUCGAAGCUUGCCCUUCUUCUCAAAGACACAAUGCUCAUCGCCAUUGUCAAUCUCACAUGCAGAUGGAUGACUCUUCUUACAAUUAGAUAGUUCAACAUAUGGAUUUUAACUUUUUUUAAUUCCCAAUUGGUUCAUUCUUUUGUCUUUCCUUUUCUGUGAAUAUGGAAAAGAUGGUAUAGGAAUAUGGCUUCAUUAUUUUUUAUUUCUGAUACCAAAA